CACAUGGUGAAACAAAGAGACCACGAGGCAAGUGUGGUAAAAGGAAGAAAGAUAAGAAACCAUGAGUGUCUGAGAUCGGCAAAAUUAGACCAGACAAAGUUUCAAAGUGUGAAGAGCCGGAGCUGGCAUCCCAAUGGCGGCUGCUGUUGCCAUCAUCGUCAUCUUCCUCCUCUCCGCCAUGGCCGUCUCAGUCGCCGCUGCUGUGGUCGAGCACACCUUCGUGGUGAGCCAGGUGAAUAUGACGCACUUGUGCAAGGAGACGCUGGUCACCGUGGUGAAUGGUCAGCUCCCAGGCCCAGCGAUAGAGAUCACAGAGGGAGACUCGGUGGCCGUUCUUCUCGUUAACAAGUCACCCUACAACAUAACAAUCCAUUGGCAUGGAGUGAAGCAAUGGCUGAACUGUUGGGCUGACGGCGUGCCAAUGGUCACCCAGCGCCCCAUCCUGCCGAACCACAACUUCACCUACAUGUUCAACGUCAUCGGGCAUGAAGGCACCCUCUGGUGGCAUGCCCACGUCCCUUUCCUCCGGGCCACCCUGCAUGGUGCUCUCAUCAUCCGGCCAAGACAUGGGGCGAGCUCCUAUCCAUUUCCAAGGCCUCAUAGGGAGGUUCCAAUCAUUAUAGGGGACUGGUGGGAGCUGGACCUUCCACAGGUGGGUUGGAACAUGAAGCAUGGUUCCUUUGAUUUCUUCGCUAGAGGUUCCACAAUCAAUGGAAAGCUUGGAGAUCUCUUCAAUUGCUCCGGUGUCGCUGAAGAUAACUACGUGCUGGAUGUUGAGCCCGGCAAGACAUACUUGCUUCGAGUAAUCAACGCCGGGCUCUUCUCCGAGUUCUACCUCAAGAUAGCUGGGCACAAAUUCACAGUGGUUGCUGCUGAUGCACACUACGUCAGCCCCUACACCAUUGAUGUCAUCGCGAUUGCGCCCGGCGAGACGGUGGACGCCCUGGUUGUUGCCAAUGCGCCCCCUGGCAGGUUCUACAUGGUUGCCCUGCCCAACCAGGCGCCAUUGCCAGACACGCAGACCCCGGAGUACACCACCAGAGGCAUGGUGCAGUACAGCAGGAACCACAGCCGCUCUGGUGCCAAUGGUGCAGCGGCACUAAUGUCAACACACGGCGCAAAAGAAGAAGAGGAGGAGGAAGGACCAUCCGGAGAUGUGGCAGUAGCGCCUGAGAUGCCCGGCCACCACGACACAAUUACGUCGUUCUACUUCCACAGCAACCUGACCAGCCUGCACCACCCGCUGGUCCCUCAGCGAGUUGAUGAGCACCUGUUCAUCGUCCUCGGCCUUGGCUCAGUCUGCAAGCAUGGCCGGCAGUCCUGUAAGAGGGGAGAUAAAAACGAGACCAUCGUCGUUGCAACCAUGAACAACAUCUCCUUCCAGCACCCAGUGGCGACAACGCCACUACUAGAAGCGCACUACUACCACACUGGUGGCAGAAAUGCCAUGGAAGAACUUCCAGAUCAGCCGCCAAGGGUGUUUAAUUUCACUGACCUUGACUUGAUUCCCUUUGGACCAAAGGAGAUGCAGCUAGAGCCAUCGUCCAAGGCCACUGUGGUGCGGCGGUUCCGGCAUGGUGCCGUGGUGGACAUGGUGUUCCAGAGCACGGCAAUGCUGCAGGGUGACUCCAACCCGAUGCAUCUACACGGUCAUGACAUGUUUCUGCUUGCAGAGGGACUUGGUAACUACGACGCAGCAAAAGACAUGACAAGGUUCAACCUGGUCAAUCCACCGGUGAAGAAUACCGUUCUCGUCCCAAAUCUGGGAUGGGCUGCCAUCCGGUUUGUUGCAAACAAUCCAGGGGUAUGGUUCAUGCAUUGCCACUAUGAGUUUCAUUUGGCCAUGGGCAUGGCCGCAGUGUUUAUUGUAGAGGAUGGUACAACUGCAGACACAUCUCUCCCGGCACCACCUGUAGAUUUUCCAACAUGUUUUGGUAACUGUGAUAAUGUCCUGCCAUAUGAAUUGCGCCUUGAAAAUAUGAAAGGUGAACAUAACUCCAGUUAGUUUCCAGAGAAACUAACUGGUCGGCCCACACAACUGUGAUGCUACUAUCAUUAUUCAAGUAUGCAAAUAAUGAUGUAUUAUACUGAUCAAUCAAUAAUUUGAGGCUUAUCUUA